AUGGGCGCCGUCCUAUCCUCUAUCGGGCGGGCCUUCAAGGGCAUCUCGACUAGUAUCAACACACUCCGGGGUCUUUACUCUGAGUUCCGUGAUUUAGAACAACGAGCAUCUGCCCCGGCCGGGUAUCCUGUUGCCUCACCCACCAAGUCCUUCUGGCUCGAUGAUCCACCGUUCCCGGAGCUGGUCGACACCCGGUCCCCCACUCUUCCCGACCGUGCCGAUGUAGUCAUCAUCGGCUCGGGCAUCACCGGCGCCGCAAUUGCCAGAACUAUCCUGACUGAGCGUAAUACUGACGCCACACCCCAUCUCGACGACAUUGUCGUCCUAGAGGCGCGCCAACUUUGCAGCGGUGCCACAGGUCGCAAUGGCGGGCAUAUCAAGGUCUCUCCGCAUGUCACCUUUGACCAGUUGCUCCAGACCGUGCCCCCGGAGAGAGCUGCCACCCUCGUGCGCUUCAUGAUCAGGCAUCUGCCAGUCCUGACCGAACUCACCAAAUCUGAAAACAUCGCUGUGGCCGAGUGCCGCGAGGUAGAGUCUGUAGACUUUUAUCUGGGAGAGAGAGACCUCGCCGGCGCCUUGCGACAGGUCGAUCAGCUGCGCAAAUGGGUACCGGAAUUUGAGCUGCAUGUCUGGACAGCUGAGGAAGCUCGGCAGAAAUUCUCCGUCAAUGAACAUGUCAUCGGGGCCAUUUCUUAUACAGCCGGCGCACUGUGGCCUUACAGAUUUGUGACGGCGAUCUGGAGCGAUUUGUUGAACCGCUACAGCAAGUCUCUGAGCAUUGAAACGUCUACUACGGUCCUCGAUGUCGAGCUCGGCUCCUCAGUGUCUGGAUCCGGAUCUUACCCGUACCUAGUCAAAACCAGCCGUGGAAUUAUACAGGCCCGACAUGUCGUCCACGCCACCAACGCCUUCUCAACCCAGCUUGUACCCGGCUUACGCGGCAAGAUGACAAGUCUUCUCGCUCACAUGUCAGCGCAGCGGCCAGGCAAGGAAUUCCCAGAUGUGAAUGGCAGUCGCUCAUGGUCCGUCAUGUUCGGGCACGGCUUCGAUUACAUUACACAACGCCCGACCGUCAAUGGCGUUCCGGGCGAGAUCAUGCUCGGGGGAGGAUUUUCACAAUCUGAAAAGCAAGGAGUAGACCAGAUUGGGAUCUUUGACGAUAGUAAACUCAACACUCUGACUGUGGCACACCUCGAUGGCAUCAUGCCAACCAUCUUCUCCCCGAAUUGGGGUGACGAUGCUGUGGGCGGCCGUAUGAAGCGCGUUUGGUCAGGUGUCGUGGCCAUCUCGGCUGAUUUCAGGCCGUUCGUCGGAAGGCUUGACCACCGCCUAACAGGACGCAAGGUAGACGAAAGCCGUUCAGGAGAGUGGAUUGCGGCGGGCUACACGGGCGACGGAAUGGUGUGGGCCUGGCUUUGCGGGACGGCAUUGGGGGUUAUGAUUACCGGCAAGCAGGACGAGAAGCUCCCCCCUGCAUAUGGCCGCCCGGGCGGAACUCUCGCGGAGUGGUUUCCUGAGGACCUUUAUGCAACGCCCCAACGUGUGAACCGGAUGGAUGUGGCUGAUCUGGCCGGUAUGUUCAUGAACUGA